AUGUACCGAUGUGUGUUCGUUUUUGCGUACGCGUUGUCGUUACAGACCCUUCCAUCUUUUAAUAUAACUGAUGCCGAACUCUUAAAAAUCUCAAGGACACUUCGCAACGUCGAUCGCAAUAAAGCACACUCAUAUCAGAUACAGAUCAAUUAUCAGGGACGCACACAACCCAAUAGUAAGCGAGACGAGGCUGAUUAUGAAUUCUUUACGCUUAUGGACAUAAAUCUUCUGCAGAAGCCCAGUUAUAGUCUGCUCGUAGACAUGAUGAACAAUUACAAUCCAAGGACAGGGAUAGCAGAGCCACGAGUUUCACUUCACGAAGAAGCAAGAGAGGUUAAUGCGUUCCUUGAUAUCAUUCUUGGAUCGAAACCUUUUCAGAAGUUGUUUGAAUUUCUCAAGAGAAAAGAGCAUCCAUUCGCAUCGAGUGAACGCGAUUUCCGGAGGUGGAUAGAACGCCUCUGGUUCGAACAGUAUUCGCGAUCAAAAGGGAAGCUGGACACCUCCGGUUUUGAGCAUGUGUUCAUGGGAGAGAUAAAAGGGAAUAAGGUGACUGGGCUCCAUAACUGGAUAAGACUUUACUAUCUCGAGAAGGCGGAAGAUUUCGAUUACCAAGGAUUUAUCCAUAAGCGCGCGGAUGUUAUAGCUUCGAUCAAAUUUUCCUGGCGUAGGAAGUUGAAACGAAUAAAUUCAGUCCUAAUUGGAACAUCGCCAGAAUAUGAGAUGGCGUUAUAUACACUGUGUUUCCUUUCUCGUAGAAAGAAAAACGUGUGUAACGUCGAAAUCGACGGGUGUCCUAUUUCAAUCGCAAGUUACGAAGUUAUUCAGAAUGGCAAGGUACAUAUUGGGAGCACUUUUCCAAAAAUUAGAGGAAAGCAUGACGUCUGUAAGAAAAGCAAUGCUAAACAGCCUGCUAUGGAUGAUGAUGAAUGA